AUGGCUGCCUCGAUGACGACGACGCAGCCGCCGCCGCCACCCGUCGGCGAAUCGUGGCCGUCGGCGCCGCAGCAACAGCAACAGCCGUUUGAGCUGAACCUGCAGCAUGGCCACAAGGACCUGGUGCAGGCCAUUGCCUUCAACACAUACGGCGACCGCUGCGCCACCGGCUCCGUCGACGGCAAGAUUCGCGUCUUCAACAGGCACAAGGACGGCACGUGGCGCAUCUGCGACACCUGGACAGCACAUGGCGCCGAGGUCCUCGAGCUCCAAUGGCUUCCAUCCACCGUAUAUCCCAACGUGCUCGCAUCGCUCGGCCUCGAAGGGUGGUUCCGUCUGUGGGCCGAGGAUCCGUCCGCAGCGCCUGGUCGUCGGUUCUGCGCCGGGCGCACCUCGUCCGGGCGGCCCAUCUUCGACACGCGCUCCUCGCGCAGCGGCAGCGCCUACCGCUCCUUCAGCAUGUCGCACAACGACGAGACCAAGCACACGUACCUCGCGCUGCUCACGACCGAGGGCCGCCUCGCCGUGUGGGAGACGGAGCAGCCCGAGGCGCUGCACGAGUACACCAGCCUCGACGAGUUCCUCGUGCUGCCGCAGCGGCCGCCGCGCGGCGAGGAGACGGCCUUUACCUGCGUCUUCGACCCCAACCCGGAGCCCUGCUACGCCGCGCUGCGCGCCGGCGUGCCCACCGACGCGCUCGGGCUCGCCGUCGCCGCCAUGGACGUCGUCAGGGUGUACCGCUCGCGGGAUACCGUCGCCGCCAGCUACGGCAUGGACACGGCCAAGAAGGAGUUUUACCUCGCCGUCGAGGUCAGCGGCCACCGCGGCCUCGUGAGGGACAUUGCCUGGGCGCCAGGCAAUAUCCGUGGCUACGACAUGAUUGCCACGGCGUGCCAGGACGGCUACGCACGCGUGUUUCGCAUCGACACCCCCGUCGACAGCCCGGAUCGCCAGUCGUGGGCCAUGAGCGCGCUCAUCACCCCGGAAAGGUCCCUGCAGCAGCAGCGCGCCGCUGCCAAGGCAGCCGCCGCCGCCUCCCUCGGAACGUCCUCGCCCAGCAAGGACUCGGACGGCACGCAGACGCCGCCGCCGCUGCCGCCGCCGCACAGCCACAACCACCACCCCUCCACGCUCAGUGCGAGUCUAGCGAGCAAGGCCGCCGCGGGGAGCACAAGUAGCGGUGCUGCGGACCCGCGGCUCAGGACGGGCCAGCCCGGCCAGCCAGGGACGGUGGCGCACACGGCGCGCGAAAUCUCGCGGCUCGAUAACCACCGCACGCCCGUGUGGCGCGUGGGAUUCGACGACGACGGCCAGAUCCUCGGCACCACGGGCGACGACGGCAAGCUGCUGUGCUAUAGGCAGACGCCUGACGGGGCCUGGGCCAGGAGCUCGGAAAUGGUCAUGAUGAAGACGCGGAUGGCGGCGCCAUGA